UCCUUGUUUUCACAAUAUGGCUGAAUCGAUGAUGAGUGGUGUAUAGAAAGAAGGAUGUGUGACAAGAAAAAAAAUUUAUUAGGGCUGCGGACUAGCAAGUACUUCGUAAAGUUGUCUUAAUAUUUAAAAAUGUCUAAAGAAGAAGGAGAAAUAACAGAUGAUGACGAAUGUGGCGUGUUUUCAGCCGAUGAAUAUGGGGUUCGCAACGUUAGGCGAGGACAGUUACGCCAUGUAGACAGGAGGGGAAUUUACCCAUGUGGAAAACAUUGCUCUUCAAAAGAGAGGGUUAAGUCUUUCAUCACGGCAUAGAGAUCAGUCUUCAGUAAGGAAAUAUGAAACCAAAAGCUCUCGUGAUCCUCGACAAAAAUUUAAUCCAGACUUCGUGCAGCCAGACGACGAGACAUCGCAGAUGUUUCUUACUGCACAGUCACGCGGGGACUAUUCCAGUAGUUCACAGACUCCGUACACGAAGUCGAGAUCAUCGAGAGAAACUGAUGGGUAUAAUAACUACAGAAUCUGCAAAGACCGUCACAAUCAGCAGCAGUUUAGGAUAAGCACUUACCCAACGCCAAACUCUACUAAGUCUUGGAGACAGAGAAAAUUUUAUCCUUCUCACCCUGCUAGUGAUGCUUCUCAACAAAAUAAUGAUCUUAGAUCGAAUCGAAGCAGCUUUUUGCCAGAGGGUGAACAAAACAAUGCAGACAAUCGAUAUGAAUUGCUUUUGAAGAAGUACCAGCGUGUUAAACAGCAGUUAGCAACCUAUGAAAAUGAAGGUACUACCACACCAGUUCCCCAGCAGCAUUCCCAGGUAGCACAAAUCAAGAACAGAGAUGGCAGCACUGGUUUCACCACACUUAUAGAGUGCACAAGAGAAGGCUCAGUUGGGCAGGGUGCUUCUGACAUUUCAAGUGCAGACGAUACCUGCUUGUCUAACUGGACUGGCAGCGAUCAUCGCAAUGAAAAUGAAAGCGUUCCCAACAUAGCUGUUGGAGCCAGCACCAAUUUGUCCACAAAAGCUGCUGUUGCAUGUGCUGAGACUGUUGUGGACAAUUCUGCUUCGGUCUUUGAGAUGAAAGUUGAGUCAGGUGAAAGUAGUGCAGAGGGUGUUGUUGAUUUGGAUGAAAUUAAAACUAUUACUGGAGUGGCUACUUCACUAUUAAUAGUGAAAGAUUCGCCUUCUGAAAUAGACAUCACCAACCAGUUCUUUAAGCAACCAGCUCCAGAUCCUGCCACCACUGUAGAGACUCCUGAAGCAGAAGAAGAAGAAGAUCUGGAUGAAUUAGAGCUUCGUCGAAUAGCCCUGGAGUCAGCAGCUCGCAGGAUGGCCUUUGAUGAUGAUUCAGAUGUGGCUGCAGCAUCAAGCCCUUCAACAUACACAAUACAGGCUGAAGACGCAAUGGCUUGCCAGUCUGAGAAAAAGGAUGAAAUUUAUCCACCAGCCUUUCUUGUGAAUCAGCUUUACAAACAAGAUCAUUAACUCCACAAGUGUCAGCAGAUUUUGUCAGUGACAAAAAGGUUGGACAGUUUUCCGACAACGCACUUAGCUAUCGUAUGUCACGAUUUAGCUCUGGUAGAGCAUCAUCAGGAAGGCAGGCAGAAAGCGAGAAGAUGUCGGAUCGUGAAAAAUCAUUUACAAGGGAAAAUACCAGCAGAAAGAGACUAGCUAGGCACAAAGGCAGCCUUGGUUCCACAUUGGCUAGAGAGAAAUCUCUGCAACCUAGACGAACUCGCCCAUUGCCAUUUGCUCCUACCAGAUUGGACAGAAUAACUGUCAAGCCAUCAAGAGGUGAAAUGGAAAGAUCAAGCGAACAUGAAGUAAAUGUUAAAAGGCGAGCACGGCAAGUUAGCGUUGUGAGAAGGUUGCAUCGGUCACCCAAGACAAACACCACUGACAAGCAGCCAAUGCAGUUGCCAACAAAGAAUCAGAAAAUUAAGGGAGACAAAGACAGGGAGGAAAAACGUCGACAAGAAAUUGCCAAGAUACUAUCAUUGGAAGAUCCAAAGGAACAAGUACAACGAUUUCUGCGAUUCCUCAAUGUGACCAUUGCUGAGAACAGUCAAAGCAAGCAGCAACAGCUUAGGGACAACUAUGAAGAAGUUGAAAUGGACAUUGAUAGUGGAGAUGAAGUGACAGAUGGAUUUGAUAUUUAUGGAUUGCCCAGUUCUUUGCAGCCUCUCCAGUUGAUGGGUGCAGAUGCAGCAGAAUUUCAAUGUACUAUGGAUCUUCUGCAAGGAGUACGGCAGUGGCAGAUUCCUUAUCCAUUGAUGGAUAGCUACUCAGGAAUGAUUUCCUUUCCCACAAUCCUUCCAUCUGCUUCACGCAACCCUCCCAUUUCAUCUAUGCCACUUCAGGUGCUGCCUCCAGUCACCCCAGCCCAGCCACCACUCCCAGAAGAUCUUCCCCAGCCUCCACCCCCACCGCCUCCAGAUUCAGAAGGUCUAAAGGACAGUGCAGACUGGAUGAACAGCUACAGCAGCUCUGUUGGAUUUGCUAACAAGAUUGACACGAGAGCAACUUUCAUGAAAGAUGAAAUCAAAUACCAGUCAGACCAGGUUCCCUGCAGACACACUGUUGCACCACUAGAUGCAGAUGGCUUUGAAGAGCCACCAUCCCAAAAAGGAUCAUCACCAGGUUUAGCUGAAGACUUAUUGAAGCCUGAAGCUAAAUUUGGGGCAGAUGAUGAAGAGGAGAUAGAAUUGAGAAAACAGCUUCUUGAGGAUCUUAUCAAGCGCAAAGGGCAGGCAGAGAACAAGAAGUCAGAGAGUGGUGGGUCAUCCCCAGCAACAUUUGAUGCCCAGUCACCCCACCACACACUGCCAACAAGGCCUAGAGAUGUGCCCCGUAAGGUUCACAAGGCAUACCUGCUGCCAAUGCACAAGCCAGUUGUAGUUCCUUUGUGCGACUCAUCAUCUGAGGAGGAAGAUAGUGAAAAAGACUGCGCGCUUCAGAGCGUCCCUGGAAACAAGAGUGACAUUACGGACUUUGAUAUUGAUCGAUUCCUCAAAUUACAGCGAAAAACUGUAGAGGAACAGAAGAUUGGGUCUCUCAUCAAAGACCAGGAUGCGAAAUCAGCAACUACCCUGCCAGGCAAACAGAUUCGUCUUCAGCAUCUGAAGCAAAAAGAAACAGACCUAGCAAAACUGAGGCAUUUGAUUAUUGAAGACCAGGAUGUUUUAACAAAAGGCAGGAAGAUCGUGGCAGAGCAGAAAAAAGCAGAAAAUGUAGUCGUUCAGCUGCAACAACAACUUAUGGCAGCGCAGAAGUUGGUCUUGUCUAAACGCCCCCUUGUGCUGAGGGCAAAGAUGCAGAUUCAGGAGGCUCAUGUUAGGCUUCUGAAGAAUCAAGAAAUGUACAGGCGGGUGGAGGAGAAGACUUUGUCUCUUGGUCAGCAGUUGCUAGGAGCAGACUACAGGCCACAGAUGGCCAUUCCUUUGGUACGAAGCAAACGAAAGGUUGAAGUCACUGGUAAACACCAAGUGAUAAGCAUAACUGUUUUGGGAAAAGACACAAAGAAAAGGAAGCUAGAAGACAAGCUGGGAAAGACAAAUGAAAAAGAGAAUAUUGUUACAUCCACAACAGUGGCUGCAAGUUGCAGUCCUGACAAGAGAACAGCAGAGAAAGCACGCUUACAGAAACUAGCAAAGGAGUAUGAGGAAAAGAUUCGACAUCUCAAAAUGCUACAGAUGCAAAGGAAGCAAAGUGGCCUUGCUUCAGGCACUAGCAAUACUAAACACCAAAAGCCUUUGACCAAGCAAGUGACUGAUUCAGUCACCUCAGGUGACAGUAGAAGCACACGACUUCCAUCCCUAGAAAGCAUCAAACUAGAGCCUGUGGAAAGUGACACUGUUGUGCACAAGCUUCGAAGACGGUCACUGCUGGAUAUUUCACAAAGUCCCAAACCUAAUCUUUUGCUGAAGGAGCACAAAAGUGCCAAGAAACCAGAAGUAGCUUCAGAUGCUAACACACAGUCACCAGUAGGGAAGAAGAAAUUAGGGACUGCAAAGUUCAAAAUGCCUUUUGGUUUUCAGCUGCAAAAUCUCUGCAAAAUUCAGAAGGAGAAGGUGACUAAAAUACUGUCAAGCCAGAGUUACUCUUCACCGGAAGUAUUUUCCAACUUGAGUCCCCAUUGUGACCCAAUUCCUGAGUUGAAGAUUAUUAGUCUGCAAGAGCAGAAGCGUCAGGAAAAAGGAGAUCCCGCAGGCUUGGCUUUUACCUCACCUCUUCUAUAUUUUAAGGCUUACAGGUUUAGCCCCUAUUAUCGCACAAAAGAAAAUCUGACCAUUCCAUCAGUAUCAUACUCCAACAAGUUGAACCCAAAUCGAAUCCUGUGUCGUUAUGAGCUACAGGGCAUCUGUAAUGACCAGCAGUGUCCAUGGCAACAUGCUCGUGACUACCGCUUUUCUGAAAAAGAGCUCUUGCAGGACCUGUCGCAUACUGUCCCAAGCUUGCAGGUGUCACAGAUGGAGAUGAACAGGCCAGCGUUGCCAAGAAAAUUGAUUCUUACGUCGAAGGUUUGCUGGCCCAGCAUAAGGAAAAAUGACCUUUGAUGACAUCUGCCUUCUGCUGACAUCAAAGGUCAAUGAGUGUGCUCAACAUGUUCGACCACAUACCAUGUUCUUUGAGAGCCGGGUGUGGCGUCCCACAACAGAGGAGACUCGAACUUUUUCCAUGACUGUAUCUUCAGAGUUUCAAACAUCUCUCAACAUUAUAA